ACAGCAUUUCAGUAUGAUGUGGGAAGAUUGCAUUAUGCAGUGCUGUGUAAAAGUAUUGCCCCCCUUCUCAAAUUCAUACAUUUUUGCAUAUUUUCUAGAUCAUGAAAACACAAAUAGAAAAAUAUAACCCAAGUGAACUUCAAAUUAGGUUUCAAUUAAGGGAAAAAAUACAGUAUUCUGUAACCCCCCCUACCCCCCUCAGUGUCUGUGAACACCCCGCUAUAUUGCAAGUUCUCCCACUUAGAAGUCAUGGAGGGCUCUGAAAUUUUCAUUGUAGGGUCUUCAAAUACUUAUUUUCUUCACUAUAUGGUUGUUUUGAGUUACGAGCAUGGUCGUGGAACAAAUUAAGCUAACCCUAUCUCAAAACACCACUGCAUUUCUUCAGUUUGCUGUUUUUACAAUCCAGUGAUCAGUCGAAGCACCUCUCGUUUUGUUCAUCAUAUCAACUCUGUUUUGACUCUAGGCAGCGCUGAAGAUGCCCAAAACUACUAAGGAGGAAGUAAAACGGCGUGAGGCAGCCUUGCAGGAGGGGCUGAAGCGAGCGGUGGGUGUCCCGUUGGCUUUGGCCGAGAGGGUCAGCGCCCUCUGGCCACCACUUAAAGAACCGGUCUUAUACGGGAACGUCGGCUGUAAAUCAGAUAUUCAGGUUGCAGUGAAAGCGUUGGAGACGGCAGUUUUCGGGGCCUACUACAACGUGAUCAUCAACCUUCAAGACAUCACAGAUGAUAGUUACAAGAUGGCGUCCUGCUGCUGGAUCCUUCCUAUACCGGAAAGAGCUUUGCACAUUUUGUCCGACAUCUGCUGUGUGGAUGAUUGGGGACAACCAGAGUGACCCAUACGCUGGAGAAAAGUAUUGAACAUAUGAAGAAUGAGUGGUGCAAAAAUGCACGGCAAGCCAAAACAGCAGCUAAAAUCUUUCAAUAAUUAAAACCGAAAUCCAACCCCUUGACAUUCCAAAUUAAUAUCAGCUGGUUCAGUCCUCAUCGAUGGCUACCAUCCCACCUUCCACCCACUCCACCCUGUUGACAAUUAGCCACCCCAGGUCAGCAUUAAAUAGAACUGUAAAGAUGAUUUUGAUACUGUUGUUGACACAAAAUCCAUACACUCAUAAUGCAAACCAUAAGCAAAUCCCUGAAUUCAUUUCACAGGCGUUGAAAUGUUAUCAGCGGUUUGCACCUUGUUGUGAAUAUUAACAAUAACAAUCGCACUUUCUCCAGAAGGAAUGGUUUCUUUGAGCAUCCAUUUUUGUCAUCUUCUGUGCUCUUCCAUGCUUCCAGUCAAGCAGCUGUCACAUGCCAAGUUAGUCACUAACUUUUUACUCUUAUCUGUUUGUCAAGAGUGUCAGCUGGAAAGCGUUGGCCUCACAGUUCUGAGGUCCCGAGUUCGAUUCCAGCCCCGCUGCUGUGGAGUUUGCAUGUUCUCCUCCGGGGACUCUGGUUUCCUCCCACGUCCCAAAAACAUGCAACAUAAAUUGGACACUCUAAAUUGCCCCUAGGUGUGA